CAUUCAUUUUUUAAUGAAACCAAGAGGUUGGCGUCGACAGACUGUGUUUAGAAGUAGCUACUGUUCAGAUUAAUUUUACUUGGAUUUUAGAACUUUUCGAAAAUGAAGGGAACAUUGUGUUUUUUAUUAUUGUCCAGUCUCACCAAUAUAAAUUGCCAGAGUCUCAGUCAUAUGCCAGUUAGAACUAAUAAAAGUGGAAUUAACGACCAUCGAACAAUGUUAAACCUUGGAUUAGGCCCUAGUUUUAGCAUGAAAGACAUAUUUAAAAACCAAGGACCAAAUAUUUUAUCAACAGGCACCAAUUCCAAAACAAGCCAGCUACCUAAACAGCAGCAGUUUACAUCUUUAUCUCAACAAAUUUCAGGUGCACUAGGACAAGGCCAGGUGCAAAAGGCCAACAGAGAACUGCUUCCACCACCAUCGCUUGGUUUCCAACCCUCUAUUAACGUAAAUGCGCCACCUGCUGCCGAAAAAUCAACACCAGUAGGACCAGACCCUUUGCCAAACACCGCAAAUGCAGGGACCCAAUCUGGGCCACCUAAAACUAAGCCAAAAGAGGCAGUCCCAUCAUCCAUACCUGUAGCUCAAUCAACAACUGCUAACAAAAACUCACUCACUCCUCAGGUAAAAUCAACUUUCAAUAACCCGCCAACUCAGCAAUCCAUUCCAUCUAAUACACUUUCAAACAGCAAUAUCCAAGCAUUUGUACCCACAGCUGCCCAGACCAGUACAGCUAAUAACGCUGUCAGCAACCCUACAUCCUCAACAGGUACUAGUCCAGCGGCUAAUCCAGAAUACAGCCAAUGGUUCGGAAACAAUGUUCCUUCAGAGGUCUCACAACUAACCCCGGAGCAAUUGUCAAUGAUGUCAGAAAGACAAGCUGAACAUUUAUUCAGAGUUCAGUUUCCACCGCUUCAGCCAACUCUCAAUGCUAAUAAGAUGCCAGGAACUCCCCAGAAUACAUGGACGUCAGGAAAUUCGAUGGGUGGAGCGAACCCAUUGGUCGGAAUGAUGAACCAAAUGCUCCAACGACGUAUCAAUACAAGAGUUUUAGAGGCAAUGAAUCCACAAGAGGCUGGAAUAGAAAUCCCUCCUUUUGCAAAAAAAAUUGUUUGCAAUGGAAUUGUGCCUCCGGCUCCAGGAAAUGAAACAGCUCUAAAAUUGGCAACAGAUGGUACUAUGGCUCGUGCGAAUGCUAUGGCCCAAGGACUAGAACUCAAGAUAAUGAAAGGUGCAAUUUUAUGCCACAAUAAACUGGCUGAAUAUCAAGCUUGUGACAUCACCCCCAACUCUGACAUAAGGAAGAUGCCAUGUCAACCAAACACUCCCAAUGCUUGUCAACCUGGUUGGUCCUGCAGUUUAUACUCUGGUCAAAUGAUUCCCAUUUGUUGUCCCAAAACAGUCAGACAGGCAGUUAUGAUAGAUGAAGGCAUCCCUGGGGCUUAGAUAACUUCCAACAUCAUUUUUACUACGAAAUUAUGGCUUGAUAUUGUGUUAAUCAUACUGCUGCAGAGAGCCGAUAUUCCUGCAUCCUAACAUCCAUGAUAUAGCUGAAUUAGGACAUUUUGUUACAAAAUGUUAUAUUCACCUUUUGCUCCAGUCCUACUUUUACAAAAAUAUGAAACUGAAAAACAGAAAAAGAGGAUAUUAGCAAUUUAUAUAACAGAAUUAAUUGCCUUUGUGUUUGCUCAUUGCUAAUGUUGUUAUUCAGAAUAAAACUGUCAAAAGAUA